GCAUUUCAAUCGAUCUCGGCACGGACAUCAUGAGCAAGGACCACCCAUACGACUGUGAGAUCGUACUGACCUUUGGCUCAACUGACGCGGCUGCACAUGCGUUGGCGACCCUGAACGUCGACGAGGAGAUCUCUCCCGACAAAAUCACCAAGGAACUCCGAGUGCAAGACAAGAAACUGAUUGCGCAUUUCUGGGCGAACGAGAUCCGCAUGCUGCGAGCAGCAGCAUCGUCCUUUUAUGACAUGGCGUUGGUCGUCACACGAGUGUUGCUGGAGUUUGACGAUUUGGAAGGAUUGGACGAAUUGUAAAGGAAAACAAACGAUGUUGAAACUCGU